GAUCGUCAAUCUAGUUGCAAAAUGAAACGGGAACGCGUCGCAUCUCUGUGUCUCCUCGGGAGCCUGUUAAUCUCGAUCUGUUCGGUUGCCAGCGCUGCACCGCAUAGUAAAAGCGAUGACAUUAUCAUGGUCGAGGACAUUGUGAGUCUGAGUCCAGGUGACAAGGAGGACACCAACGUGGCGCUAAUCACAAUGAGCGAGUCGAACUCCAGCGAGGAGGACAGCUCAUCGGCCAGCAAAGAGGACAAUGCGUCCGACGAUUUGAUUUUUCUGACACGCAAAAGUCAGACAUCAAAUGCAACUCAAACUCAAACCAAAGCCCAUGUGGAUAGCUCGGCAUCUGAGGAAGAACUGGAGGAGGAGGAGACAACAACAGCAACUUCGAAUGUGUCCCCCAUAGACAUGUCUGCGUUUGUGGCACUAAUUCCUACACAACAAGUGCAUGCAAUUGUCAGCGAUUACCAUCGCAAUGACGCGGAGGUGCAACGGGCCUACAGAAUCCUCAGCAGUCGCUACUUCGCCGAAAAGAAGCAGUUGCUCAUCCAGUUGCCGGAAGUGCAGGCCUUCACUCGUUAUUUGAAUGCCAGUGGCCUGGAUGUCCUCAAGCUGGUAAAGGACGUGUUGCGGGCCAUUGGGCCGAGCAGCACGGAAGUGCCUACGCCUCAGCCAGAGACUGCGACUGAGUCUGCAUCUGCGCCUGCAGAGGACAUCAGCAGCUCAGCGUGCAACGACGUGGCAUUUCCCCCAGAUAACCUCGAACCCCAAACGAACAGCACAAGGGAACAGGUGAAGGGACUACAGGGAUUGGUCGAUAGUGUGCUGGAAGCGCUGCCACAGGAUCAAAUAUUGGCCACAUUUUUCGAUAAAAUCGAAGCGGAUCAACAGUUCUCGAAACUCAUCGACAGUAUUGGCACGCCCAAGUUCUCCAAAAUUCUAAGCAAUCUGCAGAACUCUGUGCCGCUGCGUUAUCAGCUUGGCGAGCUGCAAAAAUGCCGUAUCAACAUUGGCCAAAUAGUUGAAUCUCUCAAGUCGUAUUUCUUCCUCUCGAGUUUCUAAUCACGAAUUUGUAAACACGCAACAAUUAAACGAUGUGUUCCACUUUUGAUAACCCAAAACGGGACGAAUUUGAA